GCAUAGUGCCGGUAAUUCUCUGACCAAUGUAUUUCAAUCAAGUUCAAGGCAGUUGCACCUACAGGGCCGUGCUCACGCCCAGUCACAUACAAAUACUUAUCCUUUGGGAGUCCAAGAAAACUCAUCCUUUUCUUUUCUUUCCAUCAUAACACUGCAUGGUUUUUUUUUAAAGACUACCCGCAGUACCAUCCAAAGUCACCUAUCUCCCAAUACACACAAACACCCCUACAUUUCGAAAUAACAACCACGCAAGAAGCCAGAAUGACACAAAGACGAAAUUGUUCGCGGCCGUCAUCGGUAAAGGCGGCCAAGAGCACUUUUACUUCUACGUCCAAUUCAGCCACGCCACCGCAAACCCGGAAAAGUGAAGCAACGGCGGCGCCCUCAGCGACCACAACUACAACGAUCACGACAACGAGCACGACGACAACAACAUCGGCUGCGUCCUCCUCGACCGGUGCAUUUCUAGACCAAAGGGGCGACGCCCUUUUGGGGUUAGCUGAGGAACCUCUUCCCAAGUUGGAGGCUACCUAAACGAGCGGCGGAUGGAUGAGUACUAUGAGAGGCUGGAGUGUGCAGGCUACCUAUAGGUAUGCAGUCCUUCCCCCUUGUUCUGGCCGCGCGCGAGCUUUGUACAGUAGGUCCAAAACGCCCAGAACAACUGCUUGUCUCGCUCGAUUGAUCGGGAGUAACGACAAGGAUAAUGAUCGGUGAAGCGGCGUGCAGCAUGGGAUACAUGGAACUUAGGAAGAUAGGUGGGAAGGUUUUUAUAGACGAGAGGGAGGGGGAGACGCCUCCGGGAAGGACAGCACUGGAGGGCCGAGAGCUGGCAUUUAGUUGUUUCUGGUUAUUUUUUUCUUGUCCUUGUUUUCUCUCCAUGGAAUUCUCGUAAAGAUCUGACCUCAUAUGGGCUCUUGCAUGUUCGGCUAAGGCGUUGACUGAUAUUGCUAGCACCGAAGCAGUCAGAUCAAUUGAUCAGCACAACCCACGAGAGUUGCUUGACAACAUUGCCCGCUUGAAAUAUAGUUGCCCCAUAUGCGGACUCUUCAGCUGCCUCUUCCAAUCUCGCUGCUAACAGCUUCACUGGCACUGGACAACGAGUUGUUGUAGGCUACGCUAGCUUCGACAUUAGAUCAACUACAAAUAUAAAUCCUGCAUUCAUUGAACCUAAU